AUGGUUAUCGGAGCCAAGGUGCGAGAAAAAUCUGCGGCUGCAGCCCGCUAUUGGCGACAUUUACGCUUCAAGACGUUACGGCGUCAGUUGGUGACCCCACAUGUUGGCGAAAUAUGUUUACCAUCGGCUUCUUUUGAGGUUGACGGGAGUCCAUUGCCCCCAGUGCGCAUGAAGGUGGGAACUAGCCAUGAGGAACUGCUUCGAUGGUUUCAAUUGGAAUACUUCGGCUUUUUCCAGUCCAAAUCUAGCAACGGGGGACCAGAAAAUGAUCGCACCAAUGCCGAUGUUUGUUUCCACGUCGGGCCGCCGAAAUCUUUGGGAUACCCUUACACCCUUGUCUCGGAAGUCAAUAAUUUCACUGAAGCCGUUCGCCGAAGCGAAGAAUAUGCAGCUUGGGAAGAAACGGACACGGCGGUGGGUCCACACUCCACACGAUGGAUCACACAGCAACUUCUCGACGGUUUUGUUUCUCGUCGGGUUGUAGCCCAUGUGGGUUUAGCAUGUACUAACAUGUCGCAAACUCUAUCGACGGCUCGUCGACUGCAAUUGGAACUUGCGCCAAGUGACGUAUCUCCAUACUACUUUGCAAAUGAUCUCUUGACUUCUUGGGGAAUUUUUGGCGUUCCAGAUCCAAAGAGUACGGAGUUUAGAACCGAUGAUGUAACCCGUCUGCUGCAAUUUGCGCAUGCUAGCACCGUUCUUCCCAUGUAUCGGGCACUCUGGAUAAAUGGGGCUGCUCUGUGUAAUGAAAAGGGUGAUGCAGUGUUAAUAUUAGGGCCGCGAAGAAGUGGUAAAACAACAUUGGCGCUUCACUGUCUUGCGGCACCUUCACCUCGUCUUCGCGUCGUUGGUUUGGAGAACUUUCACCUUGCCGAUUCAAGCACCCUUGCGAACAUCAAACCGAGCUUGGAUGGGUUUACGGCGCUUCUCAUGGGCAUUCCCGCAUCUGUGAAAGUGGGCGUUGGGGCUCUUUUGGGGACACUCCGUCCCAACCCUACUCUGGCGGAAGCGGCUCAUACCUUUCAACUUUCCCCGUCCACAAUUCAGCAACUUAUCCGAAACAAUGAGCUAACAAUUUGGAACAUGGGCGCGCGCCAUCAUAUACACAUUGCUGAGGCAUUUGGCCGUCAACGUUGGUGUCCGACAAUAAUUGCUCGAUUAAAGGGCAUUUUGCUUCUCAAUUGGGAUGUGCGGGAGCUUUCCAUGCCUCAUGCGCGCGUUAACCCGCAGGUGAUGAAGUGGGAAAGCAAAGAAAAGUCUCUCGGGUUGUUGAAAACCCUCGCGGAGACAAAGCGCGGCUCUCUUUUUAAAGGGCAUUAUCUUUUGCGUUCACUGUAUGAUGAAACAACGGCCAUGGAAAUGCUCGAGAAUUUAUUUAACGAGAACGAGGCGUUACCACCUCCACUGUAUGAGCUUCAAGGCUCAGUUAGCUUCGAUACGGCGGCGCAACUUGUAUGCAACCAUAUUCUGAAGCAGAAUGAUUCCUAG